AUGUCAAGGACUGGUGCGAGAAAUAGACUGGAUGCUGCACUGGAUCGAGGGACCCGCCGCAGACGCCAGGAAUGCGCGUCCUACUUUAGUAAUGCUCUUGGAGACAUUAGGAUGAGCAACAGUGGAGUUACCGGCGCUUUCUGGGAGGCAAUGAAUAGGCGGCUCGCGAGAUACCAUGGGUUGUUAUGGAAGAUUGACUCUAUGCGACACUGGAUAGCAAGGCCAUUGGCCAAUGACGGAAAUCCACGACCCACUGAGUAG